GAAUAACAUGUCCAAAACCACAAAUUUCACAAAUAUAAUUUCUUUGUUUUUUUAAACUGAAUGAAACUAAGGAUGUUGUAUUCAGACAGAGUCCAACCUUAAACACUAAUAAACAAAUACUCUAAAAAAUAAAAGUUCAACCCUAAACCCAUGUUCACUAUUUUUCCUCCUUAACACACAAAUUGUUAGCAGAGGAAGAAAAUGGGUGAGGCAGAGGAGAUGGAGAUAGAACAACAAUCAUUACCCGACAACACUACUAAGCGUUUUGGUAUCAGAAACUCCAUUCAGACAAACUUCAACGAUGAUUACGUUUUCCAAAUCGUUCCCAAGAAUGACUGGACAUCAAUGGCGGUAUCACUCUCAACCAAUGCAAUUAAGUUGUACUCUUUAGCUACAGGACAGUACAUUGGUGAAUGUAAUGGUCAUUCUUCGACCAUUAAUCAAAUUUCCUUCUCGGAUCCUUCAUCGCCACACGUCCUGCAUUCUUGUUCUUCCGAUGGAACUCUCCGAGCUUGGGAUACUAGGUCCUUUCAACAGGUUUUCUCCUUAAGUGGUGGCCCUUCUCAAAAGAUAUUUAGUUUCUCCUCUGGUGGAGCUAAUCACAAUCUGCUUGCUGCCGGGUGUAAUUCUCAGAUACUCUUUUGGGAUUGUAGGACCAAGCAUCAGGUUGCGUGCUUGGAGGAAUCUCAUACGGAAGAUGUUACUCAGGUGCACUUUAUUCCAGGCUAUGAUGAUAGACUCAUUUCCGCAUCGGUUGAUGGAUUGAUGUGUUUAUUUGAUACUGGUGGAGACAUCAAUGAUGAUGAUCAACUGGUAUCAGUAUUCAAUGUGGGAACCUCUAUUGGAAAAGUGGGAUUUCUUGGGGAGAAGAAUCAGAAGCUUUGGUGUUUGACACACAUCGAAACUUUAAGUGUCUGGGACUGGAAAGAAGAAAGAACCGAGGCCAGUUUUGAGGAUGCUAGAUCCUUGGCCUCUAAGAGCUGGAUGGCAGACAGUGUUGACUAUUUUGUUGAUUGCCACUAUUCAGUGGAGGAAGACCGUUUCUGGGUCAUUGGUGGGACGAAUGGUGGUUCCUUGGGCUACUUCCCUGUAAAUUAUAAGGAGACGCGAGCCAUUGGUCCUCCAGAAGCAGUUCUGUGUGGCGGACAUGAAGGCAUCAUUAGGAGUGUCUUGUCUGGGGUACCAGGUGAGACCAUGGAUAACCAUGGUAUCUUUGGCUGGACUGGUGGUGAAGAUGGUCGGCUUUGUUGCUGGUUGUCUGAUGGUUCUGGUACAAGCCAAUCAUGGAUCUCAACUCCUGCUCUGAAAUCAGAGAAGGCCCGCAGAAAGAGCAGACAUUCUCCGUAUUAACAAUUUUUCCUUUGGAUGGAAGUUUAUGUUGUAUAUUAGUUGUCUUAUUUAAGUGUUGUCUAAAUUCAUUGGUCGGACUGGCUUCAUUUAAAAUGCUUUCUUUCUUGGUUACUUCGUUUUUCUUGCUUGAGCUCGUAUAAGAUUGUGAGGGCUCACAAGAGCUGAGUGUAAUACUAAAUUCUUGAAAUACCCUAAUGGAGGCCGGUGUGUAAAUGCGAUUAUUGACAGGCUGACAAUAACCGUGAAGAUGAUUAAUCUCUUAUUAAA